CUCUUUUAAAUUCAAAUACAAGCAAAAGACUUCAAGAAGAUAAUACUUUGGAAACACACACCUUUACAACAGGAAAAAAUUAUGGUGAUGAUGACACCAUUGGUGAGUCUGAUAUUUUGGGAGAACUUCAAGAAACUAAAGACAAGCUAAUGAGGAAUGAAUUGGAAUGUCAACAACAAUCAAUAAUUAUUAUGGAACUUAACAAUAAAAUUGCACAACAGCAACAGCAACUAGAAAAUUAUAAGCGUGAGGUAGAAGAGUUAAAAAAUAAAUUAAGCAUAUCUUAUGAUCACAUAGAUCAAAUUUGUGAUUUAUAUAAAGAACAAUUUAACAAAAAUAAAUAUCUUACUGAGGA